GGGCUAGAGCAGCACCCGCCCACUCUCAUCCCCGCCCCGCGGCUCGGGCAGGCGGCGGCCGCGAGCGAAGGGCUUCCCCGCCCCUUCCUGUUCUUCCGUCCCCGGUGUUGCCCCGGUUCGCCCCGGGAUGUGGAAGCUGGUCCCCGCUGCAGGAAAAGGAGAGCCAUAUCGACUUUUAAGUGGUACAGAAUAUGUUGUUGGACGCAAAAACUGUGCAAUUUUAAUUCAGGAUGAUCAGUCUAUCAGUCGAAGUCAUGCAGUUCUGUCAGUAAGUCGUCCUGAAACUGCCCCUAGUCAGACACUCUCAGUCCCUAUAUUAACAGUAAAAGAUACAUCUAAGUAUGGUACUUUUGUUAAUGGAUCAAAACUCAAUGGUGCUUCAGUGCCUUUGCAGUCUGGUGACAGAAUCAACUUUGGAGUCUUUGAGAGUAAGUUUAGAGUAGAGUAUGAACCUCUGGUUGUCUGUUCGUCAUGUUUAGAUGUAGCUCAGAAAACUGCUUUAAGUCAAGCCAUACAGCAACUUGGAGGCCUUGUCGUGAAUGAAUGGACGAAAGAGUGUACUCACCUUGUAAUGGUAUCAGUAAAAGUUACUGUUAAGACUAUUUGUGCUUUGACUUGUGGUCGACCAAUUACUAAACCAGAGUUUUUUGUUGAAUUAGUCAAAGCUGUUCAGUCCAGGCAACAGUUGCCAAAUCAUGAAAGCUUUUAUCCUCCUGUUGAUGAGCCUUCCAUUGGCACUGAAAAGUUGGAUUUAUCUGAGCAUCAUGAAAGGAAAAAAAUAUUCAGUGGAAAAACCUUUGUAUUUCUAACUGCCAAGCAGCACAAGAAACUGGGUCCAGCAGUUAUUCUGGGAGGAGGGGAAGCAAAACUGAUGACGGAGGGAAAAAAGGAAAUAUCUUUGUUGGCUUCUCCUGAAGUUUGUGUUGUUGAUGUGGGGUUGACAGACUCUCAGAUGUCAGCUUCUGACUCCACGAGAAACUGGACUGAUUCCAUUCUGACUGUCUUGCAAAGCAAAGAUCUCAGGCCUAUUCCCGAGGCAGAAAUUGGAUUGGCAGUUCUCUUCAUGUCUACAGAAAAAUACUGCAACCCUCAAAAGCAGCCUGGUAGCAAAGCUGUUACUAAAAGCACUCCUGCAUCAGCUGUUGUGGGGCGGGCCAUUUCUCAGAGUGUGGCUGUGGAUGAAACCAUAAUGCCGACUGCUACAGGAUAUGUAGCUGAUACAGAAAUAGAAGAGCAGACAUGUAUGGAGAUAGAGAGUACUCCCCGGAUGGAAAGCCAUUUUCCCUCUUUCGUCCAGAAUAAAACAACUGUAAAGCAAAACCUUAGCACAGAUGACAGUGUAAAUGCAGGACCAUUGAUAUCUAGAGUGAACAGAACAUCUGGGUUUAGUCAAAAAAGUCAUCCUGUCUCACCUUCUAAAAUUUCAGAAGCCGGUAAACCUAGUACUUCACGUCACCAGUCUAACUCAAUUAUGAAUUACUUCCAAGUAGCUAGAAAAAGGGAAAGAGCUGAAGAAGAAGAAACAUCUGUACCCAAACUAGCAAAAUGGGAAAGGUCAUCACCUGUUUCCAAGGGCAUUGAACCCACAGUUUCAUCAGUGUGGAACAGUGAAGCAGAACAGCAUGAACAGGAAAAUAACAUCCUCAACCCAGAGCCAAAUUUUGCAUUAGAAGACACUGGUAAAAAGCUUCCAAAAGAAUAUGGCAAACUAGCAAGUGAUAAAACAGAUGCUAAAAUUGCUUCUAGUGAAAAGCAUGCACAAAAGAAGAGAAAGGAGAUAGAUGAUUUAUCUGAAGAUGCAGAGGCUCUAGAAAUUGUCUUUGGAAGCAGAGACCUAGACUGGGAAGAUCAAAUGGCAGAUCAUGACCAGGAAGCUCAAGGAAAUGUACGAAAAAAAAGGUGUUUGGAAGUCAAAGGAAACAGGAUUCAAGAAUUAAAUGUAAGGCACAGUGAGGAGAAUAAAAUAUUGAAAGAAGAGGAACUUGGAUUAGUCCUAACUUCAGAAAUGAAAAGUGAGGUCAAGCAAGAGUCGUCAAUCUUGAAUGACAGCAAACUUCAAGAUGACUCCAGCAAUCUUCCUAGCAGACUUCUGUUAACUGAGUUCAGAUCAUUGGUUGUCAGCCCUUCAAGGCAAAACAGUCAGCUUACUGGAAAUACCAGCUACGGGGGAAAGAAAAACUUCAAAACAUUCAAAAAGGUAGCUUAUCCAGGGGCAGGACAACUUCCAUACAUUAUUGGAGGAUCAGAUUUGAUUGCUCACCACGCUAAAAAGAAUUCUGAGCUAGAAGACUGGUUAAGGCAAGAAAUGGAGGAACAGAACCGACAUGCAAGAGAAGAAUCGCUUGCUGAUGAUCUCUUUAGAUAUGAUCCUAAUGUGAAAAGGAGAAGAUAAAUUAUGACCUGAAUUUACAGCGACUCUCUAGCAAAAUGUGCUUUCGGUUCCUUAAGUUUGCUGCUUAAAGUGUGUAAUGCAUACUUACGUAUGACUGUUUGAGCUAUAUGCAAGACUUUUUUUUUAGUCUUGCUUUUA